AUGGGGGACUGGAACUUCCUCGGGGGGAUUUUGGAGGAGGUGCACAUCCAUUCCACUAUGGUCGGCAAGAUCUGGCUCACCAUCCUGUUCAUCUUCCGCAUGCUGGUCCUCGGCGUGGCGGCCGAGGACGUGUGGAACGACGAGCAGGCCGACUUCAUAUGCAACACCGAGCAGCCUGGAUGCAGGAAUGUGUGCUACGACCACGCUUUCCCAAUCUCCCUCAUCCGCUACUGGGUGCUGCAGAUCAUUUUCGUGUCUUCCCCCUCGCUGGUUUACAUGGGCCACGCUCUCUACAGGCUGCGGGCGCUGGAGAAGGCCCGGCAGAAGAAGAAGGCUCUGCUGCGGAAGGAGCUGGAGUUUGUCGACGUGGAGCUGGCCGAAGCCAGGAAGAGGAUCGAGCGGGAGAUGAAACAGCUGGAUCAGGGGAAGCUGAACAAAGCUCCUCUGAGGGGCUCUCUGCUGCGUACCUACGUGGCGCACGUCUUCACCCGCUCCGUCGUGGAAGUGGCCUUCAUGACGGGCCAGUACCUCCUCUAUGGCUUUCACCUCCAUCCGCUCUUCAAGUGUGAGCGGGACCCUUGUCCCAAUGCUGUGGACUGUUACGUUUCCAGACCGACGGAGAAAAGUGUCUUCAUGAUGUUCAUGCAAUGCAUCGCUGCAAUCUCCCUCUUCCUGAACAUCUUGGAGAUCACCCACCUGGGUUACAAGAAGAUCAAAAAGGGCAUCUUGGACUACCCUCACUUGAGGGACGAGAGAGAUGAACUCGAUGACUAUGCCAACAGGUGUAAGAAGGAAUCUGUCACGCCAAUAUGCACCAGUGCACCCCGAAGGGUAACGAUUGCCUCUGGACCCAGUGACUACCACCUCUUGCUGGAGAGGAUGCAGGGCACAGUAAUGUACCCGAACCUUAUCAAACCUUCAACUUGUCUACCUUGUCAGAACGAGCUGACCACUCGGCACGAUUUGGAUGAUUCCAGAUGUUGUAACUGCGCCUUGACCACCAACGAACCCUGCUCUCCGUGCUGCGACUCCCUGAUUCAUCCACACAGUAAAGAGGAUGGUGGCAGUGAAAGAGGGAGUCCAGACUCUCCGAAACGCACACAGAAGGCGGCCGACACCUCCUCUGCCCCCACGCUGCCACUAAGUGCCUCGAGCAGGCCGAGCAGGGGUCACGACUCUUUCAAUUGCGCCACAGUGUUGGACGGUAAAAGCUCUGAGGCGGAUUCGUGCGAGGUUGCAAAAGCCAGCCGUGGAACACAGUCAGAUGGCAGACAUGAGAGCCGGCCCUCCAGCCCGGAGUCACUGGAUGACUCCAGCUCAGGAUCCGCGCACAACCACAGACCCCCUUCCUCCAACUGCAAACCAUCGAUGGCAAGUAACGCAAGCAGCAGACGAGCGGCAGACCUGCAAAUCUAA